GAUACGUUCCAGAUAACGCUGUCAAAUGUGAGCCGGGAUAAUAACAGAUUUGACGACUUUUUGUUCUUUAUCCGGCGUUAUUUUUUGCCGAGCCCUUUAACAUGGAGUUUAAAUUGACCUCUAAUUUUCAUUCGGUGUCUUCUGCAACACGAUAGAUAAGAGAAACGGACGUCAGUCCCUUCGCCCAAUCGUGUUUCACUGACCGGCGUUGGCGAUCACGUUUUUCCCCACAGAUACUGAAAUUACGUUAGAGAGGAGGUAAAAAAUGGAAGAUAUCUACAAACACUUGGCACUGUAAAGGGAUUCGGGACUUAAAGCAGUGACGGCUAUUCUCAAAAUACCGUCGGUUGUCCUUUAGUUUGGGGCUCUUUGACAGAAGACCGGCGGCGUGACGGCUGCGCGUUUAAAGUCAACAAACGGCUUCCGUGGACGGGCGCGCGGGCGGGCAGGCAAGGGGGGGCGAUCUGUCUUAUUCUUAUGGCAUUACUUUUUUAAAGACGUCGACGCACGAAUGUAACUAUCACAUUAAAUCGAGAUUAUGUAACGGAGUGGAACUGCCCGUCCUGAGAUCGCCUGGAUAAACUGCGCGCGAUGGAGGAGUCCUGGGACUUCGAGUUUUUGUCCCAUAUCGCGGACGGUUUUGUGUCGUUUCUGUCCGAGUUCGUGGACGACUGGCUCGCCAACGAUAUGAGGGUCUCUAUUUUCAAAAUUUUACUCAGCUGGCUGGUUUUCAGCCUCGUCGCCAUUCACUUCGCGUGGAAAGUGUACGGAAAUACGGUGAAUGACAUGUAUUACAGACAAGGCACCGGACAGAACGGAGGCACGCCUGAUACUGCGCCUCACCUCAGCGGAUGGGAAAGUGCUGCUGGGGAGACGCUGAAGACUCACCUGGAGUAACACUUAAGACAGUGCCAUGGACCCUUUGCCAACUGUACAUAUUUCCUGUUGGUCUGAACAGUGAGCCAGACGAUCUGG